AUGAAAGCUAUCUCAGCUCAAGUUCUACCGAUAAUGAAAGAACAUGGAAUGGGUUUAAAUACGUUUACAGAGUAUAAAUGGAAUUCAGAAUUCGCAGGUAGAAAUCCAAUGGGUUAUUUAUUAUCAGUGAUGGCUCAUGAAUUAGCACACAUUCAUCAUAGUCCACAAUUUCAAAAACUGAAUACUAAGCUUCGUUCAGAAAUUCGACAGUUACAAGCCAAAGGUUAUUAUGGACCAGGUUUUUGGUCUUCAGGUCAACGACUCAAAGAUUCCGCCACUUCCGCGGGUGAUGGAGCUCUAGUAGCUUCUGAUUUACCACAAUACGCUUGCGGUGGGUCUAACACUCAAGGUACACGACGUCGUGUUUACAAACCCAAGACAACUACUACUCGCACUCCUCGUCAAAAGCGUACUGCUCAACAGUUUAUUGGUGAUGGACAAAAGCUAGAGAACGAUGGACAAUCAUUCUUCCGAAAGCGAGCCAAUGCGGCCGGGGCCAAGGAAACUAGAGCGCAAGCUGCAGAACUUAGAUUACGAAGGGCUGGUAUAAUGAAUAAAUCACCUACUCUGAAACUUGAACCUCAAUUUCAAAAGUCCAAAGCACACUUAAAGCAAGAAUCAAAGGGUAAACAAAGACUAGAAUCAUCAGAAGCUUCAGGAUCGAAAAGAAGAUCCAAUUCGGUUGAAGUGAUCGAUAUUGCAAGAGUCAAUAAAGAGAGUGAAGAUGAUGAUGAUGAUGACGAAAUUGAGAUAGUAAAGCUUGAAGCUGAAUGGGAGGAUUUCAAAGAAUCCGAUCGAACAAAUCUAUCUUCACCCGAUCAAGUUGAGGCUGAGAAGAAGCUUUUGAGGGAUGAGAUGAACGAAUUAAGGGAAGGAUAUGAAGCCUUGGGAUCGAAAGUUAAAGACUCUAAACCAUCACUUUUACCGAAUACCAAGGACCGAUCUUUGAAGAAGAAACGGGAUGAUGACGAUGACGAGAUUCAAUUUUUAGGCACAACAAAGAGAGAUCGUGAAGUGACAAAGCGAAAGAAUGAAGAAGACGUCGAAGUUCAAGUCAAGAAAAUACCACGGAGAAACGAAAAGAUACCUUUUUCAGAUUUGGGUUCGUCAUCUUCUGCAAGAUUAGUAGGAUCGAAUUCAAAGACAAUACCUCGAAACCCAGAGAUAAUGAAAGUUUUAGAAACUAAAACAUGGAAGUGUAAUAUUUGUUGUAUGGAGAAUGAUGAUGACUUUGGUAUAUGUAGUUCAUGUGCUCGUCCAAAGGGUAUGGCAGCACCUGAUUGGAGUUGA